CGGCACUGAUCUGACGGUGAUGGUUAAGGGGUGCGGUGCGAUGUCCCCCGUGCCCGUACCCGCUCCCCUUCCGAUCGAUACAAGCGAUGGAACGCUGAUAUGCUCGUGAUCAAGAGCAUUCGUUGGGAAGGUGGUCUGAGAUCGAAGCAGGGAGGAGGAGACGAGAGCAGGAUGACGAGGGGCAAGCAAAAGAUCGAGGCGCAGCGGAGGAACGCCGAGAGGAACCAGAAGCCCAAGGGUUCGCAGCUCGAGGCGAGGGCCGUCGGCCUCAAGGUCAUCUGCCCCAUCUGCAAGGUACAACUUGCGAAUCAUAACCAGCUGGUGGAUCAUUAUGGCUCGAAGCAUCCCAAGGAGAAGCCUCCGAGCGAGUCCGAGUGAUCCAUCCCCCCGCCAUAGGAGUGUUCCGAACCUUCUUACUACAUACGAAGACUUGGAAGAAAUAUAUGUAUCUAUCUUAAACCGGAAUAUGCUAUAACUCGAAUUCCAACUCUCUGACCACUCUUCGUCUUCGAUGGGGUACGGUGGUUGCGAUAUUUGGUCUAGGAAGAACUUGCUCUUCCGAGUAUUGGUAUUAACAUCUGUCUGAAACUUGGGCAAUGGCAGCGGUAAUGACUUGCUGUUUCGUUGCUCCCAGUUGGAUGAUCAGAAAGAAAGGUAGGUAUAGAUAAUGUUUGAUGUU